AACCUUUUACCUCCAAUCGUUGACGAUCUUUGACGAUCUGAAUACAUCACUAACUUUCUUUAUAGGUUAUCUAUCAUUUGUGAUAUAGAAAUCAAUGACGUCGUCCGUCGAUGCUGCACAAGAUGCAAUCGUACACACGAGAGGCUACCAGCAGGAGAUGCUCGAUGAGAGUCUCAAGAGGAACAUUAUCAUAGCGAUGGACACAGGUUCUGGAAAGACGCAUAUCGCAGUGCUGCGGCUGAAGAUUGAAGUCGAGCGAGAGCCGCGCAAGAUAUCGUGGUUUCUAGCUCCCACUGUUGCGUUAUCGAAGCAGCAGUUCCGCGUCAUCCGGGACGCAGUUCCUGUAUCUGUCGGCCUCGUAUCGGGAUCGUUCGAACCGAACCAGUCGAAGGACGCAUCCUUGUGGCGGAGGGUCAUUGAGACCCAUCGGAUCGUGGUAUCGACCCCACAGGUGCUUCUGGAUGCCUUACGGCAUAGCUACAUCCAAAUGGGACGCGACAUUGGAUUAAUGAUCUUCGAUGAAGCGCAUCAUACUGUGGACAAGGCACCAUACAACAUGAUCAUGAAGGAGUUCUACUUUUGCCUCUUGCCACGAGACACGUCCAAUCUCGACCCUCGAUACGCUAGGCCGAUGAUUUUGGGCUUGACGGCUAGUCCUAUAUACGGGGGAGAUAUUGCGAAAGCCUUCCGUGAAAUAGAAGGGAACCUCGACAGUGUCAUUCUCACUCCACGCCGCAGUCGCGACGAAUUGGCAAAACACGUCCAUCGACCUGUUUUCAAGCACGUCAGAUACGAGGCACCAGACGAUGCUCUGUUUUCGACCAACUUGGCCAGUCUACAGCGAGUUAUAGGUACGCUCGACAUUGAAAAAGAUCCGUCUAUUGUUUCUCUUCGCCUCGACCUCGCCAGGGCAUCCCCUAAUUCGUCUGAGUACCGAUUUGACCAAAAAUUGUUAGAGACCAUUCUCAAAGAAAACACGUUCACAUACCAGGGUCUUCGCGAUUUCGAGCGCACGGCCGGGGAUAUCCUUUCCGACCUGGGUGCUUGGGCGGCAGAUUGGUACGUUUGGACGGUGUUAGAGCAAGCCAAAAGGGCCUGCCAAGGUGAUGAAAUGAUGCCUUCCCGGAAAACACAGGAGAAGAAGUAUAUGCUGGGCCUCCUAAACCAAGUUAAUGUUUGCCCGGUGUCUUACUACGCAUAUGACAUCGUCGAGGACUCGUCUCAAAAAGUGGCGGAACUCGUGAAUGCACUAUUGCGAGAGAAACAGGAUUUCGAGGAAGACGAUGAGGCGUUUAGCGGUCUUGUGUUUGUUACCCGUCGUGAUGCGGUUCUAGCGCUCACGGAGAUCCUCACACACCAUCCUGACACGAAGGAGCUGUUCAAAAUUGGAAGCUUAUUGGGGACAUCUGGCGGUAGCUAUCGGCAUUCGUUCUUGAACCUAACGCGCAAGCUGCUAAAACAGUCGCAGGAGGAGACACUGAGGGAUUUCAGGCGAGGGGAGAAGAAUCUUAUCAUCUCGACAUCGGUUGCCGAGGAGGGCAUUGAUGUCCAGGCGUGUGGAUGUGUUAUACGCUGGGACCCGCCACCGAACAUGGUGUCCUGGUUGCAAAGCCGAGGAAGGGCGCGUCAGAAGCGUAGCACGUUCAUUGUCAUGUUCCAACGAGGCGGAUCAGGUGAGGAUGAGGUUCUGAAGUGGGAGAGCACGGAAGCGGAGGUGCUACGCCUAUGCAAUGAACCAGAGAGAGUCAUGACGGCUGAACCUGAUGAACGGGAGGAGAGGGAGGAAUUUAGGGUACCGUCAACAGGUGCUCUACUGACUCUGGAGUCGGCUCUUCCUCAUCUGGCCCAUUUCGUAGCUGUUCAUCCGAAUGCAAGUUUCAGUACUGAUUUUCAGCCUUUAUAUGACCUGGAUCCACCUGAUCUACCGUUCGGACGGCAUUCAUUUGAGAAUCGGUCUACCAGUGUCAGCCCUUACUCCGGACCUUGGGGUUCGACGGUAACAUUGCCUAGAUUCCUGAGCUCCGAGCUCAGGGUACACUCAACGGAUAAAAUUCAUCCCACCAAACUGUCCGCACAUCGGCAUGCGGCUUUCAAGGCAUACAAAGCGUUGUAUGACAACGAAUUACUGGAUGACCAUUUCUUGCCGCUCUUCUUCCGAGACGAUGAGAUCAAGAAGCUAGAAAGCGAGGUGGAGAAACGUGUUAGUGUGGUCAGCGUGUCGCCGCAGAUGAACCCAUGGGCACCGGCGGAUGAUCGUAGCGCUGUUUGGUAUUGCUCGGAAUUGACACUGGGAGAGCUUCCCCCUUUGCGUAUGUUCACGCGUACACAGUGCCCGUCGUCAUGGUUCGAAGACGACGGUCCUCCACCACUCUUUGCUCCUCGUCAUGGUCUCAUCAAGGUCGUUCUCCGUGAUACUGGCCAAGUUGCCCUCGAUGACGAAGACAUCGCUCGAGCGCGCGAAUAUACUCGGCGAAUAUUCUGGAGCAUACAUGGUCAACGGAUGACUUGGGAUGACCUAGACUUUUCAUAUCUUUUCCUUCCUGCUCCGGGGACGGAAGAUGAUGAAUGGGAGGAUCGCCGGACAUGGCUGAAAGAGGAAAAUGAGCGCGAAGGGCGCUCUAACAAAUACGCGUUUGAUGCGAACGCACAGGAUUUUGGGGAGGCCUUUUGGUACCCUCAGGACCUCGCUAUUGUGAGAGUAGGAUUCCAAUUUGGGAAACAGAAACCGUAUAGAUUCAUCGCUUGGCGGUAUGACACUGUCAACGAGGAAGAGUUGGAGGAUAUGAGGACACGGUAUUUGCGACAGGAUGAUCUGGAAGAUAUACCGUACCCUCUCAUCGAGGCUGAGGUUUUGCCAGCAAGGAGUAAUUCCUUGUUGCCUAUCACACCUGUCACAGAUGGACCUCCAUCACCACCGAAGAAGGUCCUGCUGAUUCCGAAUUACAGUGCAGUCACGCUUAUCUCUCCGGUAGAGGCUGAAUAUGUGUUCUUACUGCCUUCGGUCCUGCGUGCGCUAGCUAUGUCACUUACUGUUCAGUCCAUGCGGGAUAGGAUGUUCACUCCAUCGUCUCAUCUUUACGCCAUUUCACCGCAGCUGUUGACUGUCGCUAUGACAGCCCCAUCGUCUCAAGAACGUUACAAUUAUGAGCGCUUGGAGACGCUAGGAGAUACGGUGCUGAAGUACCUGGUCAGCAUACAGCUUCUAUCGCAACACCCACUGUGGCACGAAGGAUACCUGUCGAGGCGGAAGGACCAUGCCGUUGCGAACGUUAGACUGGCAAAUGAAAACAUAUCUAGAGAAAUGUUCAGAUGGAUUAUCCGAGAUCUGUUCCUUAGCAAGAAGUGGAAGCCAGCAUAUAUGCAUUCCAACACAACUAUCCGCGAGAAUCAAGUAGCUGAGGUUGUUGCGACCGUUCCCACGAAGAACGAGGCCAAGAAAAAGCGGGCAAAAAAGGUUGCGGGAGCGCUCUCCACGAAAGUACUGGCGGAUGUUGUCGAAUCCACGAUUGGCGCUGCGUAUAUGCAUGGAGGGUUCGAACUGGGCUAUGAAUGUGCCAAGUUCUUCUGUCUAGACCUUACCUGGCAACCAACUGCGGAGUGCAUCUCGUCCUUGAUUGAAAGGGUCAGUGUAACCGAGCCCGAAGUCAGAAAGCGCAUCGACUUGCCGGAGAAGGUCAUGUCCCAAGUGGAAUCCAUGCUGGGCUACGAGUUUAGACACAAGCUCAUCCUUCUCGAAGCCCUCACACACCCGAGUCAUCAGCAGGACUUCGGCACGAUCUCUUAUGAACGUAUGGAAUUCAUCGGUGACGCCGUCAUGGACAUGGUGGUCACGGAUUAUCUAUAUCGUGCAGAAGGCAAGCAGUACAGUCCUGGGCAUAUGCACCUUCGGAAAUCGGCUGUCGUGAACGAGCAUAUUCUGGCCUACCUAUGCUUGAAGUGUUCUGUGAAGGUUUGCAGCUAUAUGCCUCGGCCCACAGAAUCGAGGGCUCAGAUCCAGCUAGAAGAAGAAGAGGAGGACAUAUAUCUGUGGAAGUGCCUGUUGCAUGCCAGUCCUCGUGUUCUCGAGGAUCAGCGUGUCACGUUUGACAGGUUUCAGAGGCUUUCGGAUGCGAUUGCUGACGGUUUGGAGAAUGGGAUGAUCUAUCCUUGGACAGCGCUGACUCGUCUGCAAGCGCCCAAAUUCUUCAGUGACAUGAUCGAGAGUCUCCUCGGCGCCGUAUUCCUUGACUCGGAGGGGAACCUAGAGAGGACGCGGGAUGUUAUGCGAACGAUUGGUAUCUUGCCGAUACUGGAGCAUAUCGUCAAGGACAGCGUUGAUGUGCUUCAUCCUGUUUCGCGACUAUCGGUCUGGGCUUCACGACGAGGACAGAAAGUGAAGUAUAAGUUUACGGAAGAGAAGGGUAACAUCAGUUGUGUGAUCGAGCUGCAUCAAGAGGAGGGAGGGGGUGUGAAGGUAUUGGAGGAAGCACGGGCAACUGAUGACCUUAACAGAGGCCGCGUCACAAAGGUGGAAGUUAGAUUUGCAGCCGCUGAAAAUGCUAUACAACUGUUGCAUCUAUCCUAA